CUCCCACCCGUCCCGAUCGAUCGACCCACCCCCAACCCCAGAGCGCCCGCCCGCCUAGGGUUUCGACCGCCGCCGUCCGCCGCGCCUCCGGCCAGCUCCCGCCCCACCGACCGCCGCUCCCCGUCCUCCCGUGCGUCGCCGCUCCGUCGCCCCGUCGCCCUCGCUGCUCCGCCCCAAGACUGGCGGCAAUCACUGUUUCAUGCAUUUUUGGUGGACAAUCUUCAGUUGAACCUGAGUGCUGACUUGCUGUCCCGUUGCCUACGAUGUCCGGCUUGCUGAAUUCAAAUCUUAACAGUUCCACAUCGAACCUUCCAGACUCAACCGGACGGCCAUUCACAACAUCCUUUUCUGGCCAAUCUGGAUCAGUUCAAGGUUUCCAUCACUCUGGUCUGCACAACAUUCAUGGAAAUUAUAGUCUUCCAAAUAUGCCUGGAUCACUUGCACAAAGGAAUGCUGCGAUGAGUGGCCUUCCAUCCUCCGGUGUUCAACAGCCUGGAGGGAGCAUUUCUGGGAGAUUUGCUUCAAACAACCUCCCUGUUGCCAUGUCUCAGAUUCCUCAUGCACAUUCAGGUGUCAGUGGUAGAGGAAUGAAUGUUGGUGGAGGUCAAGCAUUCAGCAGUGGAAUGAACAUGGGUGGUACCAUUCAAGGUUUAUCCUCAAACUUGGGCACCAGUGGUAAUCGAAAUUCUGUUCCUGGCAAUCCAGCUUUAGGAAACCUGGGUCCACGUAUUACAAGCUCCACGGGAAACAUUGUGGGUGGAAGUAACAUUGGAAGAAACAUAAGCUCUGGUGGAUUGUCGGUGCCAAGUAUCUCAUCACGCAUCGAUUUUAGUGGCAAUGCUGCAAGUGGAAGACUAAAUGUGCAAGGAUCUAACAGGAUGAUGAAUGGCCUUAUUCCGCAAGGAUCGUCGCAACUGAUGAAUAUGAUUGGAAGCUCAUACCCAACGUCUGGUGCUUCAUUGUCCCAGAACCAAAUGCAACCAGUAAAUAGUUCUUUGGGUUCUAUAGGGAUGCUACAUGACGCCAGUGACAGCGCUCCAUUCGACAUCAAUGAUUUCCCCCAAUUGACUGGUCGACCUAAUUCAGCUGGUGGUCCACAGGGACAAUAUGGAUCACUACGGAAGCAAGGAGUUGGUGUUAACUCCAUUGUUCAACAAAACCAGGAGUUCAGUAUUCAGAACGAAGAUUUCCCCGCUUUGCCAGGAUUUAAAGGUGGCAGUUCAGAUUAUCCUAUGGAGUUACAUCACAAGGAACAGCUUCAUGAGAAUGUGCCUGUAAUGCAAGCACCACAAUAUCCUAUGUCAAGGUCAGUUGGGUUUAAUUUGGGAAGUAAUUACCAACCAAAUCGUCAGCAACAUCAGCAGGGUGCUGCUAAUUCAAUUCAGAGCGGUGGGCCCCAAAAUAUUGGACUAAGACCACUAAACUCUCAGAGUCAAACUUCUAGCUUGGGAUCAUACGAGCAACUGCUCCAGCAAUACCAGCAGCCGCAGACUCAGAGUCCUUUCAGGUUGCAGCAGAUGUCUUCUUCAGCUGCACAGACAUAUGCGGAUCAUGGUCUAAAGCCCAUUCUGGGAGGCCGAACCCCACCUGAUCCAUACGGCUUGUUAGGAUUGCUGGGAGUUAUAAGGAUGAAUGAUCCUGAUUUGUCAUCUCUUGCUUUGGGAAUAGAUUUGACAACGUUGGGUUUGAAUUUGAAUUCACCCGACAAUCUGUACAAGACAUUUGGCUCUCCAUUUUCAAAUGAACCAGCAAAAGGAGAACCCGAAUAUACUACUCCAGCUUGUUAUGUGGCUGAGCAACCCCCAGCACUACAGCCUAUGCAUUUUCAGAAGUUUCAGACACUCAUACUGUUAUACAUAUUCUACAGCAUGCCGAAGGAUGAAGCUCAAAUAUGUGCGGCCAAUGAACUAUAUAAUCGUGGAUGGUAUUACCAUAAAGAAGCACGGCAAUGGUUCACAAGAAUUCCUAACAUGGAGCCUCUUGUCAAAACUCCUACAUAUGAACGGGGGUCUUAUGCCUUCUUUGAUCAAGGCAAUUGGGAGACAGUCCGUAAGGAUAACUUUGUUCUCCAUUAUGAGCUAGUAGAGAAAAGGCCAAGUCUCCCUUCCGCAUCCCAAAUUGUUAGGUGAAUUUUUUCUGGGUACCUCCUGACUCUAGCUUUCUUGUACAUGAAUAGGGAGCUUUCUUUACAAACAUAGUGAAGCGACAUUGCUCUAAUUUGUCAAGCAGGCCAGGCUAUAUAUGUAGUGAAUGAAUGAGGAAAGUAUCUUGUCAGUCAUGUCGAUAUGCGGAGAGGAGGCUACAGCAGGAAGAGAAAAAAAAGGUGGUGUUUGUAAUUAUGGUUGUUAGGAGGAAAAUUAAAGGAUGGAUGGAUGGUACAAUUGGGCAUUAAACUUUACAUUACAUUUACAUAGCUGCUGCUGCUGCUGCUGCUUCUUUUUACAAUCAAUGAUGGGGAGUCUACAGUACACCCUGUAUGUAUGUCUAUCUAUUGCUCCUUUACAAAACAGUUUAGGAGUGUGCAUUGCAUGGAUAUAUGGAUCAUGGAUGGAUAAA